CUCUUAUUUAUGACAAACCCCCUCAUCACAACACCCUCCAAUCUCCCCUCAAGCACCAUUACACAGCAAGACGAAGUAACAAAAAAUGGCCCUCAUCCAGUACGACAUUGCGCUGCUCCUGCAUUUCCUCUGUUUGGUCACGACAGCAAGCGCCAAAGUCCCGGCACUAAUUGUGUUUGGAGAUUCCACCGUCGAUGCGGGGAACAACAACUACAUCCCUACUAUCGCCAGGAGCAACUUCGAGCCCUAUGGUCGGGACUUUUACGGCAGCAAGCCAACCGGGAGGUUCUCGAACGGCAGGAUCCCAUCGGAUUUCAUUUCAGAGGCCUUCAAGAUCAAGCCAAGCAUUCCCGCGUACUUGGACCCAGCUUUUAGCAUAUCGGAUUUCGCCACCGGAGUGACCUUUGCCUCUGCAGGAACAGGUUAUGACAACGCGACAUCCGAUGUGCUCUCUGUGAUACCCCUGUGGAAGGAACUUGAGUACUACAAGGACUACCAAAAGAAGCUAAGAUCGCACCUCGGACCGAGCUCCGCGAACCAGGUGCUCGCCGAUGCGCUCUACAUGAUCAGCAUGGGCACGAACGACUUCCUCGAGAACUACUACACGAUGCCGGGCCGCCGCUCGCAGUUCACCGUGAGGCAGUACGAGGACUUCCUCGUCGGGAUUGCCGAGAAGUUCGUGAGGGAGCUCUACGGCCUUGGGGCCCGCAAAAUAUCGCUCGGGGGGUUGCCGCCGAUGGGGUGCCUGCCGCUCGAGAGGACGACAAACGUGAUGGACCAGCACGAGUGUGUGGAUAGCUACAACAACCAGGCCUUGGAGUUCAACGCCAAGCUGAAGGUUAUGGUGGCGAGGCUGAGCUCGGUGCUGCCUGGGAUCAACUUGGUGUUCUCUAACCCGUAUUACAUCCUCAUGCACAUCGUUCGGAGGCCUGCUUUUUACGGGUUCGAGUAUACAUCGGUCGCAUGUUGUGCGACGGGACUGUUCGAGAUGGGAUACACAUGCGCACGAGACGGCCUCCUCACGUGCCAGGACGCGAACAAGUACGUGUUCUGGGACGCUUUCCAUCCGACCGAGAAGACCAACCGCAUCAUCGCCGAUUAUGUCGUGAGGACCGUCUUGGCCAGAUUCCUUUGAUCACUGCCCACCAUCUACUACUUAUCCAUAUGCAAUUCGAUAUCGUAUGAUACUACAUAUAAUAGAGUCUAUGUCUUUUCGUAGAGUCUACAAUGCUCUUAAUGACUACAUGUCUACGUGAUCUUGUGGAUAGUGUAAGCACUUUGCGCCAGUGCUAUUGGGUGUGAUGCUUAGAGUUUUAGUCGUAUGAAGUUUGGUGUACUUGGAUUUGAUAGGAUAAAAUAAUCAUCUUGAAUAUUUUUUUUUUU